AUCCUAAUGCGCCUAAACUUUAUCAUUUUCAUGGUUACCAUCCAUUGCGGCAGGCUGUGGUAUUUAAGGAGGCGGAGGUGAUGAACACAAAGCCGCUCCCUCCCCUGGGGAUGUUUCGUUUGCACGGCGCACGUCUUCCCGAUUUUUCCACCUCACAAGAUCGAUGGCUGGCGCUCAUCACUACUACAUGCCAACAGAGCUGCGUACCGUCGGAGACGAUGACAGCGAUUUCUUUUACCCUCUUCAUGGGCGCUUGCUCAACAAGAUGAACACGACUUACAUGCUACCGGCCGACGACGAUGAAGUACGGAGAUCAGAACUGCAUCACCGGAUGCUUCAGUUCGUUUUCCAUGGGAAGAAUUAUGUUGGUCCUGUGCACCAGGUUCUGCGACCCGUGCCAGGCGUUCAGCGACGCAUCCUAGACAUAGGCACUGGGGGAGGCAUGUGGGCCAUCCAAAUGGCGGACGAGUUCCCGUCGGCAGAGGUCAUAGGCGUUGAUGUCGCGCCGAUACAGCCUAGAGAGGUGCCUUCUAAUUGCACAUUCGAGCUCUGCGAUUGCAAUCAGGCAUCGCUGCCCUACCCGGACGGCUACUUCGACUUCAUCCACGCGCGCUCGGUGCACACUGGAUUUGUCGACUACCCGCAAUUCAUCCGCGAGUGCGCGCGCCUGCUGCGCCCCGGGGGCCUUAUCGUGCUCAUAGAGCCGGAUUUGACGCCGCGGGUCGCGGACAGGGAUAGGCGCGCGUCUACGUCGCUCUCCCGGGACCCACAGCCAGUGUAUGGGUGGACGAACUUCUGGAGAACCUACGAGGCGUGUCUCCGCCGGCUCGGCGUCGACCCGACCGUUCCCGCGCACCUCUCCGAGCAUCUCACGCAAACAGGGGAGUUCGACAAGGUGGUGAAGCAAGAUGGAAAGAUCCCCGUGGGCUUCUGGCCCGAAGAUCCCGAAACUCUGACCGUAGGCCAAUUGCAGUGGAUGAAUUAUGAACUUCUGCUACCAGGGUUACUGCCGAUGUUCCUGUACUGCGGGAUGCCUGAACGACAAGCGCGAGAUCUGAUACUGGACGCUCAGCAUGACCUAUACCACUCACCUGUACGAUUAUCCAUGCAAUUGCACAUCAGCUACGCUGUAAAGCGGGCUCGUUAUACAUGACCUUGCUUGUAGACUGCUCUUCACCGACCGCCUCG